AUGCAUAAAACAACCGUGGCAAUAUGUAAGAAUAAAUUCUGGUUGCUUAUUAUAUCCUUAUUCACAAUAUGGUCACUUUUGAUUUGCCUAAAUUAUUCGUCUUUGAUCGAUAGUGUAGCUUCUUUAGCAAAAUUUUACGUAUAUUCUGUAAAUUACCAACAUGAGAUUCCAAUUAUUGCUAACCCUAGAUACACCGAAAGUAUUAGUUCCACCUUAGAUGAAAGUAAUGCCAACAACACCACUAGCAUUAGGGAAGAAACAGAGGAAAAAACAGGGGAAAUACAAGAAGAAACAGAGGCAAAAACAGAGGAAACAGGGGAUGAUGAGAUUGAUAAGAUUUUAGAUGUGAAUAUGAAGGAUCUUGUCGAAGACAGUGAUCAUAAAUCAUCUAUUAGAGUUAUCGAGAAGAGCGAUCAAGAUGAAAUCAUCAAGGAAACGGCGGUAGCUAGGGAAACAAUGAACGAGAAACCACAACAAAUUCCAACUUCUAAGAAGAAGAAAAGGAAAGGGAGACCUAAAAGGAGGAAACCUCCUAAGAAUUUGCCAAAUACUCAAGUAGUGAAUACAAAUUAUAAUCAAGAAUCAUCAUGGAACAACAAUGUAGGUGAAGAGAAAUCCGAUGUCUCGCCUCCUCCACCACCACCACCAUCUCCACCGCCGCCAUCCCCACCUCCACCUCCACCCCGGGUAUGCAAAACGGCGCAAAAAUCUGACCCAAAAUCCUGCUCGGGGCGCUACAUUUUUGUACACACACUCCCUAGGAGGUUCAAUGUAGACUUACUAAGGGAUUGCAAGUCUCUUGACUUAUGGAUGGAUAUGUGUGAAUAUGUGAGGAAUUCAGGUCUAGGCCCUGAGCUUCCAAACUCGGACCAUGUUUUCUCCGAGCAUGGGUGGUUUGCAACUAACCAAUUCUUACUAGAAGUGAUCUUCCAUAAUAGGAUGAAGCAGUAUGAUUGCUUAACAAAUGAUUCUUCUAUUGCAUCCGCUAUCUUUGUACCAUUCUACACAGGACUCGACGUAGCACGACACUUGUGGAAUACGGACUCCGAUAUAAGAGACUCGGGUGGAUUCGAGUUAGUCAGACUACUUAAGAGGAAGCCAGAGUGGAAGAGAUGGUGGGGCAGAGAUCAUUUCUUUGCUGCAGGAAGAAUUACAUGGGAUUUUAGAAGGUCAGCAAACAAGAAUGAUCCCUAUUGGGGAACUAAAUUCCUUUACUUACCCGAAGCUAAAAACAUGACUGGUUUAGUGAUCGAAUCAUCGCCUUGGAAUAGCAACGAUUUCAGGAUACAUAUCCGACUUAUUUUCACCCUUCAAAUGAUGCAGAGGUCUUUCAAUGGCAAAACCGAAUGAAAAAAC